UAGUGGUUGGCAGUCCUAUUAUUAUAACCUGUAACUUCUGUGAUUAGAGGCUACUGUAGGGCACAUAGUAAGCUGGUGAAAAGAGAGAUUAAUGAUGGCAGGAGAGAGGUGAGAGGAAGAGGCAAAGGACAAGUGAAUGACACAGCUCUGUGGUGUUGGAUCCACACCUAUCCAGGGAAGAGAUCUUUGGAAGUGUGGAGUGGGACACCAAGGGCCAACCGCUCCUGUGAGAUUCCUACAGUGGUAGAUCAGCAAGAAGGUGAAGAUGCAAUCCAUGCUAUCUGGGACUCUUCCAUCCAAAAGCUACAAAGUCCAACUACAGUACUUUCUUGAAAAAUAAUAAUGAUACCAAUCUGGUUCACAAUUCAGUUAUGUUCUGUAUGAUCUCAUCAAAAGACCGGAUGUUUUUCAGUUUUUUUAGACGAAUGAAACUCUCUCCUACUUCCUGACAGCAAUUCUGUGGUUUUUCUUUUCCACAAACACCCACAUCUUUACAUCCAUUUUUCCUUUCUGAUCCUAUUAUCACCCGUCAACAGUACCUGCCUUCCCAAGAUGAACUAGUUUGCUCUAAAUCUUUGAAUUUGCUGCAUAUCUCUUGGGCACCUAGGAAUCCAGUGCUUAUGGUGACUUCAUGGAAAGUUCUAAUGGCAGGUGUUAAAAGCUUUGCACAGUGGAUUUGCUCAUGGAUCUAUGCAGUCUUGCUCAUAGAUGAAAACAAGGUAAUGAGAUGCACAGAUGGAAGAAUGUCUUCCAAGCAAGCCACCUCUCCAUUUGCCUGUGCAGCUGAUGGAGAGGAAGCGAUGACCCAGGAUUUGUCCGCUCGGGAAAAGGAAGAGGGCAGUGACCAGCACGUGACCUCCCACCUGCCUCUUCACCCUAUCAUGCACAACAAACCUCACUCUGAGGAGCUACCAACUCUUGUCACCACCAUUCAACAAGAUGCUGACUGGGACAGUGUCAUCUCAGCCCAGCACAGAAUGGAAUCAGAGAAUACUAAGUUAUGUUCCCUCUAUUCCUUCCGAAAUACCUCUACCUCACCACACAAGCCUGACGACGGGGGUCGGGACCGAGAGAUAAUGACCAGCGUCACUUUUGGAACUCCAGAGCGCCGCAAAGGGAGCUUGGCAGACGUCGUGGACACAUUGAAACAGAAGAAGUUGGAGGAGAUGACCCGGACUGAGCAGGAGGACUCAUCCUGCAUGGAAAAACUACUUUCAAAAGACUGGAAGGAGAAAAUGGAAAGAUUAAAUGCCAGUGAGCUUCUUGGAGAAAUUAAAGGCACCCCUGAGAGUCUGGCAGAGAAAGAACGGCAGCUCUCCACCAUGAUCACCCAACUGAUCAGCUUACGGGAGCAGCUCCUGGCUGCGCACGAUGAGCAGAAAAAGCUAGCCGCCUCCCAGAUUGAGAAGCAGAGGCAGCAGAUGGACCUAGCUCGCCAGCAGCAAGAGCAGAUUGCGAGGCAGCAGCAGCAACUUUUGCAACAGCAGCACAAAAUCAAUCUUCUGCAGCAGCAAAUUCAGGUUCAGGGUCACAUGCCUCCGCUCAUGAUCCCAAUUUUUCCACACGACCAGCGGACACUGGCGGCAGCCGCAGCUGCCCAACAGGGAUUCCUCUUCCCUUCUGGAAUACCAUACAAACCAGGUGAUAACUACCCCGUACAGUUCAUUCCAUCAACAAUGGCAGCUGCUGCUGCUUCUGGACUGAGCCCUUUACAGCUCCAGAAAGGGCAUGCCUCCCACCCACAAAUUAGCCCAAGACUAAAGGGCCUAAGUGAACGUUAUGGCAGGAAUUUGGAUACCUUUGAACAUGGUGGUGGCCAGUCUUACAACCACAAAAAGAUUGAGCAGCUCUAUGCGGCCCAGCUGGCCAGCAUGCAGGUGUCACCUGGUGCAAAGAUGCCGUCUACUCCGCAGCCACCAACCGCAGCAGGGGCGGUCUCACCUACUGGGAUGAAAAAUGAAAAGAGAGGGACCAGCCCUGUAACUCAAGUUAAGGAUGAAGCCGCACAGCCCCUGAAUCUCUCUGCCCGACCCAAGACAGCAGAGCCGGCAAAGUCCCCAACAUCUCCCACUCAGAGCCUCUUCCCAGCCAGCAAAACCAGUCCAGUAAACCUGCCAAACAAGAGUGGCAUUCCCAGCCCCAUCAGAGGAAGCCUAGGAAGAGGAUCCUCUUUAGAUAUCCUGUCCAGUCUCAACUCGCCUGCUCUGUUUGGGGACCAGGACACGGUGAUGAAAGCCAUCCAGGAGGCCCGGAAGAUGAGAGAGCAGAUCCAGCGGGAGCAACAGCAGCAGCCGCACAGCAUGGAGGGCAAGCUGGCCUCCAUGAACAGCACCGGCCUAAACAACUGCAGGAGUGAAAAGGACAGAACACACUUUGAGAAUCUGGGCCCUCAGUACGGGAAGUCAAAUGAAGAUGGGAAACUGGGCCCAGGAGUCAUUGAUCUGACCCGGCCUGAAGAUGCAGAGGGAAGUAAAGCCGUGAAUGGCUCUGCAGCUAAACUACAGCAGUAUUAUUGUUGGCCAACAGGAGGUGCCACGGUGGCUGAAGCCCGAGUCUACAGGGAUGCCCGGGGCCGGGCUAGCACCGAACCACACAUCAAGCGACCAAUGAAUGCUUUCAUGGUUUGGGCAAAGGAUGAGAGGAGGAAAAUCCUUCAAGCCUUCCCUGACAUGCACAACUCCAACAUUAGUAAGAUUCUAGGCUCUCGCUGGAAAUCCAUGUCCAACCAAGAGAAGCAGCCGUAUUAUGAAGAGCAGGCUCGGCUAAGCAAGAUCCACCUAGAAAAGUACCCGAAUUACAAGUAUAAACCCCGACCAAAACGCACCUGCAUUGUGGACGGCAAAAAGCUCCGCAUCGGAGAGUACAAACAGCUGAUGAGGUCUCGGAGACAGGAGAUGAGACAGUUCUUCACUGUAGGGCAACAGCCUCAGAUUCCCAUCACCACAGGAACGGGUGUUGUGUAUCCUGGUGCUAUUACCAUGGCAACUACCACACCAUCUCCUCAGAUGACAUCUGACUGCUCUAGCACCUCAGCCAGCCCGGAGCCCAGCCUCCCUGUCAUCCAGAGCACUUAUGGCAUGAAGACGGACAGCGGAAGCCUGGCUGGGAAUGAAAUGAUCAACGGUGAGGAUGAGAUGGAAAUGUAUGACGACUAUGAAGACGAGCCCAAAUCAGACUAUAGCAGUGAAAACGAAGGUCCCGAAGCCGUCAGUGCCAACUGAGGAGUGUUUGCAGAAUCAAAAUGCUCAGACUGGGGUUUUUUUUUUUCUUCUUUAUUUUUUUCCUGAACAAAAAAAAAAGUCUUAAAGAGCCCGCAUGCAUUUGUGGCUCCCCAAUUACAUCAGCAGAAUGGUCUUAAUUGUUUCAUAAUGUGUGAGACAGAUGGAGUUUUCCCUGAUUUUUCAUGAACUUGUGUUUUUUUUGUUUGUUUUUUAUUUAGGUGAAGACAUAUAUUAAAUAUGAGACAUCGGGACUUGAAAACUUAUCUGAAUCCAUAGCUGUCUUACCAGUCUUACUUUUUUUUUUCUCUUUUGGAUGUUGAUAAAGGUUUAAGUUACUGUUUUUAGAUGGGGUUAAACAUUCUCACUCAGGUAUGCUGUGCCGGCCUACAGGUUGUGAAUGUGUUUUUAUUCUGAAUUACGUUAGCAAACAACUGCAGAUUUCAUCUUGUGAACGCGAGCAGAAUGUCUGCAGGCACGCAAGCGCGGCUGCGUGCAGAGCACUUAAAAAAGGCCUCUGAAUUCCAUUUUUCCAUGUGUAGAGUUGAACUUCUAACGUGCCAAACUUUUUCAUCACUCUUGAAUCUUAAAAAAAAAUUUUUUUUGAAAGUCUUAAGGGAGACACUGCAAAGUCUUAGACAAUCCUUUGGCAUCUUAAAAAAAAAUUGAUAACCACAGGUUGUAUUUUUUUCCUUUUUUUUUUUCUUUUCCAGAAAAUGGUAAAGUACUCAGGAAUCUGGAGACAGGAUAUUGUAAGGAGUGAGCUUGGUUGCCACCAUGCAUGUACCCAAUUGCUUUUGCCUCUCACUGUGCCAUCAGUGUGUGAUGUGACAUGACAUGACAUGAUGUAAUGUGAUGUCCGCACAACAGAGCGAUCACCAGUUAUGAACAAGGCUGCUUGUCCCCAUGUGAGGCUGCCUCUCACAACCCCCAUUACCCCUUUGCCUUUAACCCUGGCAUUCAGUCUUAAACAUAUUUUCUCUUAAAUAAUUUAUUCAUUCCAGAAUGUCAAGGGUCCAAUGAUUAUUUAUUUUAAAAAGCAUUGUUGGUGGCAUUAACUUAACGAUCCUUAUUUCUACCCUUCUACCCUCAAGCCCCCCAACCCCCCCUUUUUUUGGUCCUCCAUUACCUGCUACAGACAUGAAAAUGUAUGUAAGGAUUGUAUGUCCCCAGAACAUCUGGAAGUAUUUCUUAAACAUAAUGAUAAUUCAAGUUAAUUUUUUAAAGCCAAAAAUAUUUCUCCUUUACAGUAGGUAACUGGCUACUCGAAACCCAGGUAUAGGCCCUUACAGCUGAGCAGGCUAGCCUUCUGACUUUCCAUUCCAUGUAUGAAUUCUGUGGGAGCUGAUCUCAGCAGGGAGUGAUGAGGCAGGCUUCAGGGCCCCACUAGCAGCAGGGCCAGACAAAAAAGCUCAGGAGCCAACUCCCAUCCAUGCUUGCAGGCUCCAUGUUGGAGCUAUGGGUGAAGAGUGAGCCAGUCCUGGCCAGCAGGGGCUCAGGUUUGUUUAUAAAAUCCCAAGGACAGGGAGAAGUCACCCAACAGCCUCCAUGCUGCAAGCAGAGAGGUAAAUAGUGAGUCAGGAUGAAUUUGGGGAAUGAAAUGUAAACUUUGGGGGAGCCAAAAGGAGAGGAGGAAAGGAGAGUAUUCCCUUGUGAGAAGUUGCUGCUUUUAGAACCAAGAUCCAAGAGCUCAUGGGGAGGUAGAAGAAUGUCUUUGGCUGCCUCCUUCACCUAUGCAAAUAAGUCACCCUUUCUGUAGCAAGUGGAGUGCACACACCCAGUCCUGUGCUUGUGUUUGUGUGUGUGUGCCCAUGGGUGUGCGUAGAAUGGGAGAUAAUGUGCAGAACUUAAUUCACCAUGCACAUGCAGCACCCAUCCCUGGAGAGGUCUCCUGCCUGGCUGGAGGGCCCCUGGGCUCCUAGUGAUACCAGCUCCCUCGUAGGUUCAGCAGCUCAGUUCUCUGCCCACCCCGCUCCCCUUCAAUUAGUGUGGUUCUUUUUGCCUUCCCCUCACUGUCUCCGCUCGGAAAGCCAAUGACCAGGUAUACUCAUCCCCAGUGGGACAAAUACAAGCUCAUUACUAGGACAUAGGAAGAGGGCUGUCAGAUUUCUUGAGCCAUCUCAUCACUUGAAAGCAACCAGAGGAUCUCUGUAUUUAUUUUCUCCAACCCAAUAGCAAUAAACAGGUCCAGCCGGGAGGAGCCUGAGCUCCAGGCUCCCGUUAGCUGGUGAGCGCUCUCUACAAGCUGAUUGACAUAGGUACUGAUAGACAAGCUGUGUUCUUCCAUCAGUUGGGGAUCAGAACUUUGUUUGAAUAGUUUUUGCUCAAAAGAGGAGGAGGAGGAGGAGGAGGAGGAGGAUUACUCACUAAAGAUGGACUAUUUAUUAUGUCGUCUAACUGACUUAUACAGUUGGUCACCUCUCCUUAGUUCUCUUUCUCUUACCCACCCCCUGCCCUCCCCCAUUUCCCCACACCGCGCUUGCUCCUUCCUUCUUGGUUCUGUUGCGUAGGUAGAGUGCUGUAUGGCUAGCAUUGUGUCGUCUGUAAUUAAUUUUGCACAAAAGCAAACAUUUAGAGUCGUUGGUUAAUUUUGUUUUGUUUUUAUGACCAUGCCAAAAUAAUAUUCUGGGCUGGUGGAGAACAAAGGACUGUUCUUUAGGACUGAAACUUGAUUUUGCUCGUAGUACAAACACACACACACACACACACACACACACACACUCACACACACACUCACAGAUGUUGUUUUGUAAGUGUUAUAAGCACUGGAUAUAAAUGGUAUUUUUUAUCACUUCUGACUAAUGUGAAACUGUUGUACGAAAAAUACAUGAACAAAAGUCAUCUGUUUCGACUCGUGUGGGCUUGCCCCGCAGUUGCCGGAUUUGAGUCAUUUUAUGUCUUGUUAUUUCAUUUAUUUAUGCAAAAUCCAUGCGUGUAUGAACACUUUGUUGGAGCCGCAGCCCCCGCCUGCCUUAGCGCUGGGGUUCGGUCACUUCUAGCCACGUUCUUCAAAAAUGAAAGGCUAUUCAGGAAGGAUCUGAUUGUAAACGUCUCAUUCAUUCAUUGGGUCAGACGGGAAGGUUGUAUCUGGAUCUCAAUGGUGCGCAUAAGCAAUUUAUUGUAUUUAUUAGCCAACUUUGGCUCUAAAUGUCGGUGGAAAUUAAGAAAGGACAAUCGUAGCGAUAGCUUCAUUUUGCUUUUAUCGGGGCUCGAAACAAAGUCUUUUGAUGAAUCUACCAUCUCAUUUUAGAUUUUUUUUAAAGUGUAAAUAUAACAUAGGAAAUAGAAUUUUAUUUUUGGUUCAUGAAUAAUUAGUGAAGUAUAAGUUAUGUAUUUACUUUUUUCUGUUCUGUAUCCAUGUAUAUUGGUCCAUAUUAAAAGCUGACAAGUCACUGUACCUCAUGCAAAUGCUGAAUGAUCAGAGUGAGAGAGCCGUGAGAGCUCAGGCUUGGACCUCUAGCUGGGAUAUCAAGACCCCUCACUUGGGCUCUCACUGAAUUUAGAAGACACCGUCCACAGACACAGACUUAUGUUUUGUUUAAUAUAGAAAGUUGAUACAUUGAAAAUACCAAAUUUCCAGGAUAGCUGGUAGGAAACUCAAUUUGCUUUGUGAAUCCAAGCAGAAUGCAUGAACUAGUCCUGUUACUGUUUGAUAGCAGAAAGCAUGAAUAACAUUUGGAAAGCAAAAAAAAAAAAAAAAAGAAAAAAAAAGAAAAAAGAAAAAAAGAAAAAAAGAUGUCUGAAGAUUAGACUCAUUAAUAAAGCCCCACCCCCUGCUCUGCCCCCACCAUACCCAAAUACUGAAUAGUUUGAAUAAUAUGAGACUCUUUAUUUCUGUGUCCAUUAGUUCAUGGUAUUGUCAUAUUGCAGAUGAAAAUGAUUUACACAUUGUAAGAGGACAUGUGGGGCUUUUCCCUAUCACUUGGAAUUGGGGCACCGGCAGGAAAUACUCUUUUUAACCAUUGUGCCAUGUAGUUAAUGGUGGGAUAAUAUAUACAUAAUAUAUGUAUAGAUACACAUAUAUUCAUACACAUAGAUACAUACAGAUAUGCAUAUGUAUAUAUGUGUAUAUAUGUGUGUGUGUAUGUAUAUAUAUACACAUACAUGUGUACAUAUUGCUUUUGUCCACAGACUUUGCCCCAUCUCCUGAAAUUAUGUAAUUGUGAGGGAGGGGUAGGGUGGGAAGUCUGUGGACAAAAGCCAGCAGGCUAUUCCUGUGCUUGAAACAAUGUGGUGUUUUUCUGUUUGGGACAAUUAUAAAACGUUUUUUGUUUUCAAAAAUACCCAAAUCAUGACAAAAUCUAAACCCCGUCCACUCCCAUGGUUCUCCUUGGGGAAGCCCUAAUCCCAGGAGGAGACUUGAUCAGAACCCCCAGUGGGUCCUCCCACAUCUGGUUCCUGAGCUUAUCUAAGGAAAGGCUGAAGAUGGCUGCCUUCACAACCUGGGAUGCAUUAGGCCUGUGGAACACCAGGGUAUUUAUUUAUCAGAGGACCAGUGAGUUACCUUGUAGUGUCAAAGCUGAAAUAAAAGACUGCAUUCUUUCCCUUUGGAAAGGUUGGGGGUGAGGGGUGAUGGGUUACUCCAAACAUUCUCACCUAGGGCAAGGAGUGGGUGAGCCAUCCAGAAGCUGCCCUGUUCAGAGCAUGCUUCUUGAUCCCCUGAGGAGAAACUCAUUCUGGCCCCAGCACCACAGUGUAGUUCCCCCGCCCCUCCAGUUUGACCUAAUUGUUUUGUAAGAGAUGAUUUUCCCCAGUAGUUGACAAGAAAGGUCACUUUGCCAUUUGAGACCAUGCAAGAAACUCUGUGCCCAGUGCCAUUGAAUUGCCCAAGAAUUGCAGCUGGUUAAAUGUAAUCUGAUGCUUUCCUGGGUCUUCAUUUUUCAUAUAAAAAGGGACAAAUGGUGCCCCCUCUCUGAGGGACCUUCCAUUGGUGUUCAUUUAAGAAUGGACUUGGCACUCACAUCCAUUCUUCUCAAAGAAUAAUUGUUUCUGACCUCAUCUGCCCUCCUACAAAGCACUUGUUUCAUCGCCUUCUUGCGCCACCCCCGCUCCUGACAUGCUUUUCUUAAUAAAUGAAUUCUCUCUGUGAUUCUUUUUGACCAUGUUCCAUUUUUCUUAUACUGUUUGGACCCCAAGGUGACUGUGAUAUAGUAACUGAUCAUCAGAAAUAUCAAUAUGCAAACAUAUUUGUUUUCCCUUCCCCUUCCAUCAGGGGCUGAGCCAUUUGCUCCUGAAUUCCUGCAUUCUGGAAGCAGACAACUUUGGUUCAGAGGGCGGGGCAGAGUAAGGGCCUCCAGGAUGGGGAUGAAGGGUUGGGGGAUGGGGGGGAAUUGCUCAUUGAAAACCAUUUUCAACUUGAUCAGGAUGGCAAUACACGAGCUAGAGAGCAGCUUGACAGUAGGGUGUGCUCUUAAUUUCCUCUUUCUGAAGAACCCCAACUGAGGUCCUUGGUGCUCCUGGAUUAUGGGGAAUGUGCAAAUAUUUCACUGUGUGUGUAUGUGUGCACACUGUCCCUGUGCAUUCUCUUUCCCUCAGGCCAUCCUUCUCUCUGUCUCCCUUUGUCGUAUGUGUGUUUUUGCUUUUUUAAAGCACAGGUUUUAUUGUUACCCUUUUCUCUUCCAUACCACCCCACCCCACCCCUCAGCUUGUAGUGUGAUAGAAUCCUUAGCAUUUCUGUCCAUUCAUUAUUGUAUUUGCCAUGUAAAAUUUUUUUUAUUACAUUAAGACAAGCUUAUAAGCUGUUACUACAUAACUUAUCUCACUGUAACUCUUUAUUAUUUCCUGACGUAAUUUGUUUGUGAUGUAUAUUGUGGGAUUGUACUCUAUGUUAAUUUAAUCAGCACAAUUCACUGACAUGCUGGACUGACAUGCUAGCUGCUGUUUCCAAUUGUAAAGUUUGUGUAGGGCUAUAGGGACAACUACAACUCUGUUGUCAAGGUACUAUGCUCUGGUUCCUAUAGCAACACUGUGGGUGUGGCCCUGGAGAUGCUAGGGUUGCUGUUGAGAUACACCCCUCUAGCAUAUUUUAACUGGCAGAUUUUCUUCAUAGAAAUUCUAUGUACAAUGCAGGUACCUACCUGGGCCCAUGGCUGGUAAUGAUUUGGGCGUUUAGAGGAAAAAGAUUAAAAAAAAAACUAGUGUCUAUUGCUGCUUUGAAUAUGUUUUAAAGUCUGAAAAUGUAAAUAGUUUAUCAAAAAAAGAAUCUUGUACAGUCCAGUGUAAAGUUUUUAAAUGAACUUACAGGUUGCCAUCACAUCUUUCUCACCCUCUCCUCUCAACACCGAAAACAAAGUUUGCUAAGGAUAAAAAGCUAUUGAUGACAAAGUAAUCUCUCAAGUUAAAACAAGAAAAAAAGAAGUUUUAAAAAGAGAAUCAUCAUUCUUAGCUUCAUUGCAUAAACAGACUUCUUGGGAUUUUGUUGUGCAGUAUUGACGUGAGGUAAAUUCAAUAUUCAAUAAUCUCUCAGUGGUACUUUUAAAAAGUCUUCUCCUCCUUCUCUGCCUCAGUAAUUAAUGGAAAAGACACAGUUGAAAGGCACACUGUCUUUAUAUAUUCUGGUAUAUGUUGGCACCCCUGCUACAUAUUCCUUUUUUCUCCUUUCUUUUCUCCUUUCUUUUUUUUCUUUCUCUUUCUUUCUUUCUUUCUUUCUUUCUUUCUUUCUUUCUUUCUUUCUUUGCACAAGGUGCUUUCCUGAUAUGUUAAACAUGCCACCAUCCUCCGGUGAUACCGUAUAAUAUGCCAUGAUGGGGGUAUCCCCCCCCCCAGGGGAGUGUCUAUAAGAACUGCCUAUUUAUGCUCAUUUACCUCAAGACUGUCCUCUCUACCCUUAAUCUAGUCACCAUCACUCCAUCUUUUGUACUGCUGUUGACACUUACAAAAUUAAAGAUAAAUUUUGUUUUA